AGGAUCGGCAAGCUCCCGCACUGCCGCCAUGGAGUCGCAGUGGCCACUACACGAAGAUCAGAGCGUUCAGGAUGUGAAUGUCUUAGACGACUUGGACCUACUGUCAGAGUUCAACAGUGAUCUCCUGAACGACCCAGUCAUUCUUAAUGGCAUCAAAGACGAGGAUUUCAAUUUCGAUAUCGACCCUUUGCCGCCCGACCCUGCACCUCCGGUCGUCGCAGCCUCUCCAACGACAGCUACGGCAACACCGACACCACCGACCAGUGUUCACCCUCAACCAGUUCUAAGUGCGCAGAACUCUGUCGUGAGGAAUCUAGUGUCACAGCCAGCUCCGACCCGAAUUCUUCCGCCAGUCAAACAAGUGCAGGUAUCAGUCCCGAACGUCGCAAAUAAUGGCAAUCAGUUCGUGCCGCAAUUCGUCAAUCAGACAGUGGUGCAGCACAACCAGAUCCCUACAGCCGGAUCGAGCGUCAUACCGCAGCAAAAAGUUGUACUCCACCACAUUCCUCACUUUGGAGGUGUUCCGCACAACAUAGUGGUCAACGCCAAUCAGAAACCGCUCUCCGUGACAGACUUGCUCCGUAUAAAUCCAGAGCAGAAGGUCCAGCUGGUUUUGAAGGGCGGCGAGAUUGGUUCGAACUCAACUCCGAACGUCCUGAACAUCCCGCUUGUGUUGGAUACGGAGAGCAAUGUCUCGCUCUCGAUCGACCACUCACCUCCUCCUGAACGGAAAAAUUCCCAUAACGCCAUCGAGCGUCGAUACCGUUCGUCGAUCAACGACAAAAUUGUCGAAUUGAAAGAUAUCGUUGCCGGGACCGAAGCGAAGCUCAAUAAGAGCGCUGUCCUUCGGCGGGCCAUCGACUACAUCCGCUACAUCCAGAACGUCAACACAAAAUUGAAAAAAGAGAACGCCGCUUUGAGAACGGCCCUCCAGCAGAUCGGCCAGCCGACACCUCAUGUCGACCUCAGUAAUGUGGCGGCAACGCCUCCCCCGAGCGAUCCAUCCCUGGUGGAUUCGGGCUCCGAGCCGCCGUCGCCCCCUUCCCCGACCUCUCUGUCGUACAAUACGUCCGGCAUGCGGGAUAUGACCCGCGUCGCCCUGUGUCUCUUCGGUCUUUGUAUUUUCGCUCUCAAUCCCACGGACAUCAUGCUCAAGAGCGCGUCCUCGGUGUCCGAUCAAUGGAAGGGCGGUCGCGCCAUCCUGUCCGAGGAAGACGACUCACCCUGGAUCGGCGUUCUUUUCACGCCCUACGUCAUUUGGUCGAUCAACUUCUUCCUCCUGCUGCUCUGUCUCGGCGAUGUGAUCCUGUUCGGAGAUCCGGUAAUGUCGAUUGAGCAGCAGAAGAAGUUUUGGCAAUUCAAGAAGCAAGCUCACUUCGAUCUGGCUCAUCAUAACUACGAAGCGGCAUACAACAACUUCGAGAUGUGUUUGGAAACAUUGAUUGGCGCUCCGACUGCGGUUCCGCGAUCGAUAUUCCAGACGUGGUCGUGUCUGGUCUGGCAGAUCCUCAGACAGAUAAUGCAUCGGAUAUACAUCGGGAAAUUCCUGUUCAAAUUGAGCCGGAAACGGUACGCCAAGCAGCUCGAGAACUCCGUCAACCACCUGUCGGAAACCUAUCACAACCUCCACCAGCUACACUUCGUCUUGAAUAAGAGAUCCAAUUGUCUGGGUCUGUGCUACGCUUUGGCAGCGGUCAACUAUGCCGAGUUGGGCUCGCAGUCCACCGAACAUCUGACAGACACUUUCUUGACGUGUUCUCUCCGACUAAUCAAAUGUCUCCUAUCACGAUUUCACUUCUUGGCGAGAUUCAUGAUUUAUCGAGGGCAGCAAUGCGCCCCUGGGGGAUACGAUCAUCAAUGGAUCUUCAAACCGGAAGGCUACAAUUUCGUGACUAGACACCUAUCGCUGAACUCCAGACCACGCACCUUCACCAACUCACUGCAGCUUAAGAUGGUAGAGCCUUUGGACCUAGUAGCUCAGCAAUACCGCUGGUUCCUACUGAAGAAAGCAAUCGAAUGUUUGGCACCUCAGGCCUCUGCUAAUUGCAAACAAGGUAGACGCGAGGCAACCGACCGUUGCCUUUCGUUCCUCAGCGAGCUGGAUAGGUGCCGUCAACGGAGGUCAUUUGUAUUUGGCUACAACUGGGACAGCAACUGCAUUGAAGACACAUCGACCUGGUGGAAGGAAAUAGUCAAAGCCGCAGUAAUGUUGGAGCGAGACCAGAGCAAAGAUAUAAAUGUCGCAGUCAUUGAACACAUGCCAGCAGAACUUUCUGAGAGCGAGGCUCACCCCCUCGCCCGAACUCUCCUCGCUUGUUUCCAAGCUCGGAGGCGCUAUAUCGAUGCCACCUCCAAAGACAUUGAAGCGAUUCGUCAAGAACUCGACAGCUGCUCCCGUCUGCUGAAGGAAUGUCUCUCAUGGAUCGAGAUCCAACAGGGAAACCAGCAAGACAUGGAUUCAGUUUAUAUCUGUCUCAUGACCGCGGCGGAAUGGGUUUUCAACACGCGGAGAGAGUUGUGGGAGGAAACUCAAAUUGUGGAAUUGAAGAGUUUCUGCCAGGACUUCCGUCUCCUCUCAUCCAUUCUAAGAUAUUUUGGCGAUUCUGCGAUGACCAAGUUACGCUUCUACGACGCCGUGGAGAGGUUGGUCGGCGGCGGGAACCCAGUCGAAACUCAUCGAAUCUUCGAAAGCUGUAUCAGACGGCGACGCAACAAAUUUUCGCUGAUCUGUACGGGGAGGAUGGCCGAGAAAGUCGAUACAGAGGAUGCGCAAUCUCUCACAUUGGCUUGCAAAUAUCUGUCCUCGAUGUUCGACUCUCAGGAUCAGCGUAAUGUCUCGCUCUCCGACGCGUCACAAUUGUGGAUGCAGCUGGGAAAUCAGGGAAUGGCCAUGAAGUGUCAAAAAUUGAUGCAUCUAACUGGCAGCGUUUUUGCGUCGUUUUGAGGUGGAAUCAUCGGAGAAUUCAACGCUGGUGAAAACUCAUCAUCACCAUCGAUGUAGAAAGUCCUCAUUUGUUUAGCUGUGCGCCACGAGGGUCGGUGCUCGGCUGUUUCUGUUUUGGUGCGUUCUCGUUCAUUGUUAGAUACAUCAAGAGGUGGAAUCAAUCGCAGCGAGGAGGUAUUUUUGUGGCGUUGUCGACUCCUAGGUGAAACCUCGUUCGCCGGUGUCUUCGACUGAUCGGCUCCUCCAAAAACAUUGUUGCGAUCAACCACAUGACCCAGGCAUUCUAUGGAAUGAGCGUCGGUAUUGCACGAUGAUUGCAAGCUAACUUAUCAGAGAACUAUCUCAGCCUGUCAGAAGGACGUUGAAUAAAGGACAUCG